AUGAUCGGUCGCGGAGUGAAGCGUUGCAAUGGUGGAAGGGUAUUGAGAAACAGGGUUCGACAUUUCAACGAUACGUUUAAACGCUCAGCAUUGCGAUGUACUACGUCUCCGAUUCAACCACACAACUCUCCGGAAACGGUACCACCUGAAUGGCUACAGCCUCUGCUGGAUGUGUCAGAGGGUACAGGGUACGAUGUGAACGAUGCUGGAUUGCUAGGACAGCCCGUUGCCUGGGGCGACCAAGACUCUAAUGACCACGUCAAUAGCGUGACCUACAUCAAGUAUUUUGAAACAGGCCGGUUUCAUUUCCUUAUGGAAAUGUUUAAAUCAAGGGGGCUUGCCUUCAAUGAUCUUAUGAGUCCUAAGGGAAUCGUUUCAGUAUUUCGCAGCGCUGAGAUCCAAUGGAGAAGGCCCAUUCAAUACCCAGACAGGAUCUCUGUUAUUCACAAGAUUGAGCCGUUAACUGCACCUGACAGAUACGUUCUCAAAGGUGUCAUUGUUUCUCAUCAAUCUAGAAGCGUGGCAUGCCGGAUCAAAGAAACACUUGUGACCGUUGAUAGUGCUAAUGGAAGCCAAAAGUGCGAUAUCCCUCCAAAAUUCAAGGCUGUAUUUGAAGAAUGGGCCAGAAAAUCAAAUCCUGAUCAUUCUUGA